CUUCUUCUUCUUCUUUCCCCUACUUCGUAAUCAACAUUGCGUUUUAUCGGUUUAGUUUUUUUUUUUUUUUUCUGGUGAAUCGAACUGUUAUUUGAAAUUGUUGCGUUGUGCUCCAUUGGAAUGCUUUCGAGCUUCUUCUUUCAGCUUUUGAGUUUCGCUAGUAUUUUCGUUGUUUUCCGCCUGCAUUUGAUCUGGAUCUGGUGAGUUGUGGAGUAGCUUUGGGGAGUUACUCACAAGCAGCUUCAUCUACUUGCAUUUCUUGUCAACUGAGUUCCGCUUCUCGUUUCUUCUAUUGAGCAUGGUGGAUAAAUUGUAGUUGUUGAUCUUGAAGCGAAAUCAAGUAAUAAAAUUUUGCAGCCAUGGAUAUGCUAUUUUAGAUUGCUGUACCCUGGGAAGAGUCGGUUUUAGAUAAGAUAUCGUUGCUUGAUAUUGCUCCGGAAAUUUCGUGUGGUUAUUUAUUUCUCAUCAACAUUAAUUGUUAUGGGAUUUGCUUUGUUCGGUGAUAGGUUUGGAAUGUAGUUAUAUUACCUUUUGAUUAUAUUGGAGAAAACUGUUUAUUGAGGGUUCUGCUUCGGUUCUUCAAAAAUGGUGCUUGGUUUGAAAGGAAAGCAUAGGAGAGGUGACAUUGUUCAAGCUGAUUAUAGGAUCCAUGUUCAGGAUAUAAAGCCCUGGCCACCCUCACAGUCGCUUAUGUCCCUACGCUCUGUGUUUAUUCAAUGGGAGAAUGGUGAUCGCCACUCGGGAUCUUCCAAUCUUGUUAUUCCAACCAUUGGGUCUAUAGUUGGCGAGGGAAAAAUUGAAUUCAAUGAAUCAUUUAAGUUACCUGUGGGUCUGGUAAGGGACAUGCCUGUUAGAGGCAAGGAUGCUGAUACAUUCCAGAGGAACAUUUUAGAAUUCAGCCUGUUUGAGUCUCGCAGAGAAAAGGCUGCUAAAGGCCAGUUGUUGGCUACUGCCACCAUAGACUUGGCUGAAUUUGGUGUUGUGAAAGAAACAAUAUCUGUUACCUCUCCAAUGCAUUGCCAGAGGAACUUCAAGAACACACUUCAGCCAAUUUUGUCCAUCAAAAUUCAGCCAAUUGACAAGGGACGGACCAAUAACUCACUGAAGGAUACCUUGUCCAGGAGGAUGUCAUUGGACAGUUUUGAUGGUGAAUCUGCUGCAGCCUCUAUACAUGAAGAAUUUGCAGAUCCAAACAAGAUUGCAUCUUUCACUGAUGAUGAUGUUUCAUCCCACUCUUCCAUGACGACUUCUGCAUUAGAGCCCGAUGGUUGUGUAGCACCUCAAACAGAAGAGGGUGGCCUAAGUACGUUGAUUCAUGGAACUGAUAAUAGACAGGAGCAUGCUUCCAUCUCAAACUUGGAGCCUGAAAAAUCAAAUGUGACAACUUCAUCAAUAGAACCAUCCUCUGAUCCUGGGAGUCCUGAAAAUAGUCAUACUUCUAUCUCCAGCUCUCCAAAGGUUGGUUCAAUGUCAAUUGAGAAAAAUGGUAAAAAAAGUUAUACAGUUUACUUUUCUUCUUCCCCAAAACAUGAACAGCAUGAAAGUGAUAUCCACAACCAUGUGAAGAUUGAAGAUGCUGAGCAUUUGGCCAAGGAGAGUAAUGGAAGGAAGUCCAAUGGGAUGAAUUAUCAGGAGGCUUCUAAUGUUGAAACAGAAGAGGAUGUAGAUCAUCAUCUCUCAGCUAGACAAGGUGAUACCGUAGAGCGGGUUGCUCUGGAAAAUGACACAAUGCCGAGCAUAGUUCAGAAAAAUGACAGAUUAAAGCAUGUGAAGUCAGUUCGAUCACCAUUAGAAUCAGCUAAGUGUAAUGGGUUUGGUAGUAAACAGCUUAUUGGAGUUGAGGAAAUUGGUGCUCCAGGACAUUCAGAUAACAGCUUAGAAAGUGUCAGAAGAAAUGAAAGAAGGGAUUCUAAACCAUAUACAAAGGAUACAAAAAAUUCUGUUUUGGACAGCAAAGUCCAACAAUUACAACACAAGAUAAAAAUGCUUGAGGGAGAGUUGAGAGAAGCUGCAGCAAUCGAGGCAGCUCUUUACUCUAUAGUUGCCGAACAUGGAAGUUCCAUGAAUAAGGUCCAUGCUCCUGCACGACGUCUUUCAAGGCUGUAUCUUCAUUCUUGUAAAGAAAGUUCUCAGUCGCGUAAGGCCCAUGCUGCUAGAAGUGUUGUUUCUGGAUUUGUUUUGAUUGCAAAAGCUUGUGGAAAUGAUGUGCCCAGAUUGACUUUCUGGUUAUCGAAUUCAAUAGUCCUGAGAACAAUCGUAAGCCAGGAUGCUGUGAGCCUAAAAAUGCAAGUUGCUUCUGGAUCUCAUUCAAGCAAAAAUGGUGCUAACAGAGAAAGUAUUAAAGCAGCAUCUCCAUUGAAAUGGAAAGCAUCAUCUCCAAACAAAAGAGAGAAUGGAAAUACCUGGCAUGGAAGUUCUGGUAACUGGGAAGAUGCACACACUUUUACAUCUGCCUUAGAGAAGGUUGAGGCUUGGAUCUUCUCCCGUAUCAUUGAGUCCAUCUGGUGGCAGACAUUGACUCCACAUAUGCAGUUGGCAACAGCGAAAACAAUUAAUCAAGAUUCCAAUUCAACCUCAGGGAAGAGCUAUAAGGGAAGUUCUAGUUCAGUUGAUCAUGAUCAAGGGAACUUUUCAUUGGACCUCUGGAAAAAAGCUUUCAAGGAUGCCUAUGAAAGAAUUUGUCCCCUCCGAGCAGGAGGACACGAGUGUGGUUGCUUGCCUCUUUUGUCUAAAUUGAUAAUGGAGCAAUGUGUCAUUAGAUUAGAUACAGCGAUGUUUAAUGCCAUUCUUCGUGAUUCAGCCGAUGAGAUACCAACUGAUCCUGUAUCUGACCCCAUUAGCGAGUCUAAAGUUCUCCCAAUUCCAGUUGGGAAAUCAAGUUUUGGGGCUGGCGCACUACUUAAGAAUGCAAUUGGAAACUGGUCGAGGUGGUUGACUGAUCUUUUCGGUUUGGACGACGAUGAUCAAUGUGAGGAUGAACACGACAAUGCAGAAGGGAAAGAUGCCAGUACCCUCAAGUCCUUUCAUCUACUAAAUGCAUUGAGUGAUCUCAUGAUGCUUCCUAAGGACAUGCUCCUGAACCAAUCGAUAAGAAAAGAGGUAUGCCCUUCAUUUGGUGCACCGGUAAUUAAGAGAACUCUUGAACAUUUUGUUCCCGACGAGUUUUGUGAAGACCCAAUCCCUGAUGCUGUUCUUGAAGUUCUGGAUAUUGAGGAGGACCCAUCCGAACUCGAUGACAAAUUUGUCACGAGUUUCCCACACACAGCAGCUGCGGUAGCAUAUCAUCCACCCUCAUUAGCGUCUGUAGUAGCGUUUAUUGGCAAUGUUGGUACAAAGUCCGAGCUCAGAAGAAGCAGGUCUUCAGUGCUCAAAAAAUCUAACACCAGUGAUGAUGAGCUGGACGAGUUGUGCUCACCCUUUGCUUCUAUUCUUGAUGUGGCGAUUUCUCCAUCGACUACUGCCAAGCCAAGUAGGACUUCUGAGAAAAGUUGCAAUCAAAAUGCCACAAGGUACGAGCUUCUUCGAGAUGUAUGGGGCGAAUAAUGAGCAAUCUGUUCUCAUAUCAGUUUGGAAAAAAAAUUCAUUGUGUAUUACUAAGAUAGAAGUCAGAUCAAACUCUGAGGAGUUUGGGGAUUGUAUAUAUAUGUAUGCAUAAUCAGAGUUUCUUGUAAAAUCGUUCGACCCGAGCUCCAUUUUUGAUCCA